ACCGUCAAAGUCAAUACUCAAAACCCGAAACUUGAGAAUUCUGCAUGUCAUUCGUCAGACGCCUUUUUUUACAAUACUAUAUAACUCUGUUCUUUGUUAUUAGUUUUCCGCUCCUAAAAUGCUGAGUGUUAACAGUAACUUUCCUGAAUAUGCAGUCCCUGGGGCUAAACAGGUGAGGUUUGAGCCGUACGCAGAUAACGGCGGUAGCGUCGUAGCCAUCGCCGGUGAGGAUUACGCUGUAAUUGGUGCGGAUACACGCUUGAGCACCGGCUUCUCCAUUUAUACCAGGGAACAGAAGAAGCUGUUUAAACUGUCGGAGCGCACGGUGCUCGGCGCGACGGGAUGCUGGUGUGACACGCUCACACUGACGCGGCUGUUGCAAGCACGGAUGCAGAUGUAUGAACAUGAACACAACAAAGCCAUGACGACACCUGCCGUUGCGCAAAUGCUCUCCACGAUGUUGUACUACAAGCGUUUUUUUCCAUAUUAUGUGUCGAAUAUUCUAGCCGGGUUAGAUGCUGAUGGCAAAGGAUGCAUCUACAGCUAUGAUCCAAUCGGCCACUGUGAACGUUCAACUUACCGCGCCGGGGGCUCCGCCGGAGCUCAGCUGCAGCCUCUUCUCGACAAUCAAAUAGGGCUAAAGAAUAUGCAGAAUGUAUCAGAAGCUCCAGUCCCCAAAGAGAAGGCUCUAGCACUUCUGAAAGAUGUUUUCAUUAGUGCAGCAGAGAGAGAUAUUUACACUGGCGAUUGCAUUUACAUUAUAAUCAUAACAGCAAAUGGAAUACAGGAGGAGAAGUUUGAAUUACGUAAAGAUUAAAUGAUAUAAAAAUGUAUCUCAUUAAAACUUUUAUGAAUA